AUGGCCAGGUCAAAGAAAAAUCCAAAGGCACGUCACAAAGUUCCUACAGCUCCUCAUACUUGGGUUUUAGAAUCGGUAUCUUGUGGAAAGAACUUGAAUUCCUGUGUAUGCUUUAAGUCUAUGAGACCUUCUCAAACUCUUGGGCCUGUGACAGCUUCGGACAGUUUUAGUCUCCAUUGCAGUACUUGUGGUGCAGCGGCUCAAAUAAGCUGCUCUUCUAGUGCGCACAAGGAUUGCAAGUGUGUAUCCAUGAUGGGGUAUGAGCAUGUAAUGCGCCAAUGGGCUGUCCGUUGGAAUGAGAUCCAUGUAGUGGGUCUUUUCUUGGUGUAUCCCCAAUAUGGUGCUGCUUGUGGUGUCAAAGACUGGUACAUGCGGAUUGCCACAGCAGCAUGUCCAAUGAAACAGGAAUUGAGCCAGACUUCCACUGGUGGAUUUUUGAGCCCCAUUACUCAGGGGGCCAAUGAGAUAGAUUCUUCAGUACGUGCAAUUUCUUUUUCCUUUAAUUUCUACAACAAGUCCAAGCAUGGAAAUGAAACCUCUGUUGACACGGGAAAUAGUGGUAGUACUAGGGAUAUGUCCACAGAAAGCCCAGCUGAUACUCAUCAAGUUGUGAAUGGUUCUCAUGAAAUUGAGGAAAACCGUAAUGGUAUUGUAAAUGUGGAUUUGCAGCACCAAGAUGGUGAUGUAGAUAGGAAAUUGGAUUCUAAGCCUAGUUUCAAAAGGAGCUGGUCAAGCAAUAAGAAGGAUGAGUCUCAGGUUUUAGGGAUGAAACAAAAAUACGAGUUGAUUGAUUCGUCACCAGAUGCAAGACCCUUGUUAGUUUUUAUCAACAAGAGGAGUGGGGCUCAGCGUGGGAAUUUACUGAGGCAACGAUUGAAUAUUCUUCUCAAUCUUGUUCAGAUUUUUGAGCUGAGCUCAACACAAGGACCAGAGGUGGGUCUUUAUUUAUUCAGAAAGGUGCCGCACUUCAGAUAUCUUGUUUGUGGGGGAGAUGGUACUGUUGGUUGGGUUCUGAUAGAAAAGCAAAACUUUGUGUCUCCUCCUCCAGUUGCUAUUCUACCUGCCAGAACAGGGAAUCAUCUGGCUAGAGUUUUCUCAUGGGGAGGUGCUUUGGGCUCAGUGGAGAGACAAUGA